UUGCGUGCCUUAUUCACUGCCAUCACUACAUCCAACAUCACUACACCCAACACCACUACACCUAACACCACUACACCUAACACCACUACACCUAACACCACUACACCUAACACAACUACACCUAACACAACUACACCUAACACCACUACACCUAACACAACUACACCUAACACCACUACACCUAACAAAACUACACCUAACACCACUACACCUAACACAACUACACCUAACACCACUACACCUAACACAACUACACCUAACACCACUACACCUAACACCACUACACCUAACACCACUACACCUAACACCACUACACCUAACACCACUACACCUAACACCACUACACCUAACACCACUACACCUAACACCACUACACCUAACACCACUACACCUAACACCACUACACCUAACACCACUACACCUAACACAACUACACCUAACACCACUACACCUAACACAACUACACCUAACACCACUACACCUAACACAACUACACCUAACACCACUACACCUAACACAACUACACCUAACACCACUACACCUAACACAACUACACCUAACACCACUACACCUAACACCACUACACCUAACACCACUACACCUAACACCACUACACCUAACACCACUACACCUAACACCACUACACCUAACACCACUACACCUAACACCACUACACCUAACACCACUACACCUAACACCACUACACCUAACACAACUACACCUAACACCACUACACCUAACACAACUACACCUAACACCACUACACCUAACACAACUACACCUAACACCACUACACCUAACACAACUACACCUAACACCACUACACCUAACACAACUACACCUAACACCACUACACCUAACACAACUACACCUAACACCACUACACCUAACACAACUACACCUAACACCACUACACCUAACACCACUACACCUAACACCACUACACCUAACACCACUACACCUAACACCACUACACCUAACACCACUACACCUAACACCACUACACCUAACACAACUACACCUAACACCACUACACCUAACACCACUACACCUAACACCACUACACCUAACACCACUACACCUAACACCACUACUCCACUACACUGCUAUAACCUCUAUAUUAGGAAGUAUAUACUAUCUUCAACACAUAUUUCUCCUGUAAACAACGCGUCUAAGUGGUGGCAGUUUUAA